GGAUAUGAGGUGCCCAUUGUAAGCCUCAGAGAGUUGCCUUCUCCGGAGCCUGGCAGAGGAGUGGGCAAGCAUGAAGUCCAAUCCUGCCAUCCAAGCUGCCAUUGACCUCACAGCAGGGGCCGCAGGGGGCACAGCAUGUGUGCUGACUGGGCAGCCCUUCGACACGAUGAAAGUGAAGAUGCAGACGUUCCCUGACCUGUACAGGGGCCUCACUGACUGCUGCCUAAAGACCUACUCACAGGUGGGCUUCCGGGGUUUCUACAAGGGGACCAGCCCAGCGCUCAUCGCCAACAUCGCGGAGAACUCUGUCCUCUUCAUGUGCUACGGCUUCUGCCAGCAGGUGGUGCGGAAAGUGGUGGGAUUGGACAAGCAGGCAAAGCUGAGUGAUCUGCAGAAUGCAGCUGCUGGUUCCUUUGCCUCUGCGUUUGCUGCGCUGGUGCUCUGCCCCACUGAGCUCGUGAAGUGCCGGCUACAGACCAUGUACGAAAUGGAGACUUCAGGAAAGAUAGCCAAAAGCCAGAAUACAGUUUGGUCUGUAGUGAAGAGUAUCCUUAGAAAGGAUGGCCCGUUGGGCUUCUAUCAUGGACUCUCAAGCACUUUACUUCGAGAAGUACCGGGCUAUUUCUUCUUUUUCGGCGGCUAUGAACAGAGUCGAUCGUUUUUUGCCGCAGGGAGAUCAAAAGAUGAACUAGGCCCUGUCCCUUUGAUGUUAAGUGGUGGAGUUGGUGGAAUUUGCCUCUGGCUUGCUGUUUACCCAGUGGAUUGUAUCAAGUCUAGAAUUCAAGUUCUUUCCAUGUCUGGAAAACAGGCAGGAUUUGUUGGAACCUGUAUAAGUGUUGUGAAAAAUGAAGGAAUAACUGCCUUAUAUUCUGGACUGAAACCUACUAUGAUUCGAGCGUUCCCCGCCAAUGGGGCACUAUUUUUGGCCUAUGAAUACAGCAGGAAGUUGAUGAUGAGCCAGCUUGAAGCAGACUGAAGUAU